CAAGAAACUACAUACACUUCACAUCUUGAGAGGCUCUCUGCGCUACAGUAUUGUACAAUGACUUUAACAUUAGGGGAGCGGGUUGUGCAGUGGAUGUUCCGCACUGUUACCGGGUUUAUCACUGCGCUGUUUGUGCUAUUCUCAACCCGGUACAAAUCAGCUACAGUACCGAAGAUAACUGAACCACUGCUUCUUAUUUCGGCUGUACAGCUAGCUAAGAAAAUCCGCCAAAGACAGGUGUCCAGUGUGCAGGUGGUACAGGCCUAUAUAGACAGGAUCCAGGAGGUAAACCCACUUAUCAAUGCUGUGGUUAAAGACAGAUUUUCUGCAGCUCUGUCAGAAGCAGCUCAGGUGGACAGGCUGAUUGAGGAAGAAAAGGGGAACGAGGAUGCACUUGCAGAACGACUCCCUCUGCUUGGCGUUCCUUUAUCUGUGAAAGAGUCAUUUUACUUACAGGGAAUGCCUUGUUCCACUGGUGUAAUCUCUCGAGCUCAGUUUCUUGCGAGUACAGACGCCCCGACAGUGGCACUUCUGAAGAGAGCUGGAGCUAUUCCCAUAGGAGUUACCAACACCAGCGAGCUCUGCAUGUGGCUCGAGUCCAGCAAUCAUCUAUAUGGCAUCACCAACAACCCCUAUGACACAAGCAGGAUCUGUGGAGGAAGCUCAGGUGGUGAGGGCAGUAUUCUGGGCAGUGGAGCCUCUGUGAUUGGGAUUGGCUCAGAUAUCGGAGGGAGUAUCCGAAUUCCCUGCUUCUUUAAUGGCAUAUUUGGACACAAAGGGACUCCAGGUAUUGUCUCUAAUGAGAGGCAGCACCCACCCUACUCUGGCCGUCAUGAGGAAUACGUGAGUACAGGCCCAAUGUGUCGCUAUGCUGAAGACCUGAUCCCAAUGCUGAAUAUCAUGGCUGGAGCCAACGCACACAAGCUGUUGCUGUCCUCUGAGGUGGACCUGAAGAAGCUGCGUUACUUUACAAUAGAAGAUGAUGGUGGAUCUCUCCUCACAUCGCCUGUAGACAGUCAGCUAGUCAAGGCACAGAGGAAGGUGGUUCAGCAACUGGAGGCCGAUUUGGGAGUCAAAGUUAAGGAAAUAAGUUUCUCUCAGCUCAGGUACUCCUACCAGAUCUGGCUCUCAGGCAUGGCUCUACCAGACAGAGAGGGCAAGCCUCCACAUGCUUUUUCAGACCUGAUGGCAGAUGGGGGCCCGAGGGUGUGGCCGAUGUGGGAGCUCAUCAAAUGCAUUUUUGGGAAAUCUGAUCACACACUGCCUGCCAUUGGUUUGGCUUUAGUUGAGAAGAGUACACCAUCACAGUUCUUCCUGGAGCAGAAGGAGGCACUGCAGCAAGACUUAGACAAGGUGCUAGGGACUGACGGUGUGCUGUUGUACCCCUCUCAUCCUCACCUCGCCCCGAAACACCACCAAACAGUAAUUACCCCAUUCAACUUCUCUUACACAGGGAUUUUUAACAUGCUGGGCCUGCCUGUUACCCAGUGUCCUUUGGGGCUGAGUAAAGAAGGUUUGCCACUGGGUGUGCAGGUGGUUGGGGGAAAGCUGCAGGAUCGUCUGACCCUUGCUGUGGCUCUAUAUCUGGAGAAAGCUUUUGGAGGCUGGAGAGACCCAGGCGCUACCUGAGUAACUGGAGCACGUUUUCUAUCAAUUCCAUAUUCUGAAUAAACUAUUACUGUAUUAAAAAGCCCAAUUAUAUAAAGCAAAGUAUUAUACAAAAUGUACUUUUUUUUUUUUUAAAUAAAAUAAGAGGUUUUGUUGC